AUGAGGACCUUGUACUGGCUACUCCUCGCUGCUUCUCUCUGUGUUGGCUUCACGGCCACACAUCCUCAGGGAGUUGUGAACAAACUCCUGGCGGCGCCCCAACACCUACUCCUUCACCAGCGUCAAGGUGCCCGGGAGUAUGGAUUCAUACCAUCAAUGUCUGUGGGAGAGGACCAUUGUCAGGAGGUCGAUGGCGAAGGAAGACAUAACGGAGAAGUGUUGAGGUCAAGAAAAAGAAGAAGCCUCGAUCUACAUGAGGUGAAGGAACGUGACAUCUUAACUGACAUGUUGGUAUCACUUCUUAGACUCCUGAUAGUCGUUACGCUGGCUGAGAGGGACGUGUUAAUCUACUAUGACUCCCAGCCAACAACCCUAUCCGUCCUCAGUCAACUAUUGGCGUCUGAUGUUAGAACGCCUUUGUUGAUAAUUGAUAUAACAGAACGGAGUCUGGUCAAGGCGGGGUGGAUGGGAGACUACAACGACGGUGUUUACGUUCAUAUUCUGCUGUUUGAGGAGAGACAUCUUGUGGAGGGUUUCGCCAGUAGUUUACCUCCACGGGUCUGGGCACCACAGUACUUAUUGCUCGUUGCCGCUGGUUCUCGACCCCAAUCGUCAUUACUACUCACUCAUCCUAGCAUAAACCAUAGCCCUUUCCUCUCCUUACUUCAACCAGUCUACCGUUCUGGAGCCCCGACCAGCACCUAUCACAUCAUGACCCACAACAACUUUUGGCCAAGAGACAAGGUGAGGACUGUAGCCUCGUACACUGUGGGUCAGAUAAAUACCGUUUCUGAAGUUUUCCCAGACCGCUAUACUCACUUCAACGGACACCGCUUCCACCUAGCUAGUUGGAUCGACGACUUCCCAUUCCUGAUUAACGCAGCUGGAGCGGCCGACUCUCCCGGGUUUUGUCUCCGUAUGUUGCAGGAGAUCUCCGGGAAGCUCAACUUUACCUACCAGGUUUACGACUUUCCUCCGGACAAAAAGUGGGGAGAUUUCUUCAAUGGUUCUUGGCGGGGUCUUAUCGGCGAAGUUUACCGCAAGGAAAAAGACUUCGGGAUCAACCAGAUGGCCAUCAAGUUCGACAGACACAAGGCAAUAGACUACAGCAUCACGUACUGGGUGGAGUACUACAACUUCCUCUUGCCCAUCCCUGAACCACCGUCUCGCUGGUGGUCCAUCUCCUUCCCCUUCAGGUGGUCGACGUGGGUGGGCGUGGUGCUGACGUUGGUCCUCGUCACCAUCGUCCACCUCGUCUUCAUCAAGGUGAAGGAGCUACCUGACGGAGGGCUGAGCCAUACUCUCCUGGAGGUGGUAAGAACCAUCCUACGCCUCGACGCUUCAGACCUCUCAUGUGAUUACUCCGUCAGGACGAUGCAGGGAGUAUGGCGUCUGGUUGCUAUGGUGAUCUCCAUCUCCUACACCGGGAACCUGGUCGCUUACAUUACUGCCCCGCCCAGGCCAGCUUACCUCCGUACCUUCCAUCAACUUGCCUCUUCCGGUCUCAAGCCCAUCAUGACAGACUACGGCAGCUACAUCCCUUCCGCUCUGGCCUCCUCCCUUGACCCCGCCCUUAGGAAGCUGGGUCAGUCCCUUGAGGUCAUCCCUUACAACUAUGACCUCGGCCUCAGCAUGGUAGAAAACGGUGGCCACGCUCUGAUAGAAGCAGAAUCGUACCUUCAGUAUGUGGCCACCCUGAAGGGCGCCGUCAACACAUACAUCCUGAAGGUGAACUACAGGGCAUCGCACAUAGCCUGGUACUUCCCCAAACACACGCCCUGGACCUACAAGUUUAAUCACUACAUCUCAGUCUUUAUUGAGUCUGGCCUCUGCAGGUACUGGUGGAAGGAGGCGCAGACGAACUUCAAGAGAAAUAUGAAGUUCCGUGAAGUGGGUGUUAAUGUUGGUAAUAGAGGCUCUCGACCCCUGAGUCUGGCAGAUUAUCAGGGCGCCGUCAUCGUCUACGGGGUGUGUAUGGGCGUCGCGGUGAUGGUGGGUCUCCUGGAGGGCUUCUGCUGCGUCAUGAGUAAGAGUUGGGUCAGGCGUAGGCACAAGACGAAGGCCUGAAGUGGGUGUGGCUACCGAGGUGACUUUAGGAGCUAUUUAGGUGACUUCAGGAGCUACCAUGGUGACUUCAGGAGCUAUUUAGGUGAUUUCAGGAGCUACAAUGGUGACUUCAGGAGCUACUUAGCUGACUUCAAGAGCUAUUUAGGUGACUUCAGGAGCUACUUAGGUGAUUUCAGGAGCUAUUUAGGUGAUUUCAGGAGCUACCAUGGUGACUUCCAGAGCUACUUCAGUGAUUUCAGGCUACGACUUACUAGAUGUACUGAUGACUUCGCACUGAAUACUUAAUACUCCCCACGCCUGGCUCACAACCUCUCCUCGCCUGGCUCACAACCUCUCCUCGCCUGGCUCACAACCUCUCCUCGCCUGGAUCACAACCUCUCUUCGCCUGGAUCACAACCUCUCCUCGCCUGGCUCACAACCUCUCCUCGCCUGGCUCACAACCUCUCCUCGCCUGGCUCACAACCUCUCCUCGCCUGGCU